AUGUUCCCCUCACAGGCGGCCAAUUUCAACAUCGAGGCCCUGAGUGGCAUCUGUGGAUCUAUCUCAAUUGCUUGCUGGGUUGUUGUUUUCUCACCGCAGAUCAUUGAGAACUUCCGACGUGGCUCUGCCGAUGGCCUUUCGCUUCUUUUUCUGAUCGUCUGGUUGGCGGGUGAUGUCUUCAACAUCCUCGGUGCUGUCCUCCAGGGCGUGCUGCCUACAAUGAUUAUCCUGGCCGUGUAUUAUACUCUGGCAGAUAUCGUUCUAUUGGGGCAAUGCUUCUAUUACCGGGGAUUCAACAUCAGAGAGGAAUUCUCCUCUUCCCCGUCGCCUGAACCCGAACCAUCUGCCACGGGCGCUCUGGAGGGCAGCGAUGCGAAUACACCCGCGCCAACGGAAAGGUCCUCCCUGUUGCCCAAGUCAAACGGUCACGUCCAGAUCCAAGAUCCGACUCAUGAACAAAACGGCCAACACUCCCACGUCAGCGCGCGACCGACAUCAGCCGCUGCGCAGGGCAGACGACACUCUGCGACAUCUUUCCGUGACAUUCUGAACCCCCAACACGUAGAUGGCACACAUCUGUCUCCUGCGACGCCACUGAUCGAACCGAGCUCAGAUACAGCUCGCGCUCGCCGACACCGCCGCCGCAUCUCUACCCUCCAAGCCAUCCUCUUCAACAUCACCGCCGUCGCUCUCGUUUGCGCUGCGGGUAUCUUGGGCUGGUACGUCAGCCCGGCACCCAAGAAGCCGAGCCUAGAGGCGGAGCCACUUACGAUGGACACACUGGGCCAGGUUUUCGGCUACCUUUGCGCAGUGCUGUACCUCGGCUCCCGUCUCCCCCAGUUGCUGCUCAACUAUCGCCGAAAGUCCACUGAUGGAGUCUCUCUGCUAUUCUUCCUUUUCGCUUGCAUUGGAAACUUGACCUACGUGCUCUCCAUUCUGGCAUACUCACCUGUUUGUCAGGGAAGGACUAAGAACACCCGCCAUGUGAAGUGUCGUCCCGGCGAGGCCUCCGAGCUUUACGGACGGUAUGUGCUUGUCAACCUGUCUUGGUUGAUUGGUAGCUUUGGUACAUUGCUGCUGGAUAUGGCGAUCUUUGUUCAAUUCUUCUUGUAUCGUGAUGGGAAGAAGGUUGAUGAUGAGCUCGAGACUGAUGAGUAG